UUAAAAUCCAUUAGAAUGCGCAAGGACGAGGAUGGGCGCGCCGCGAUGCCGCCCGACGCAGCGAUCGCCAAGCGCGUCAGGGAGAUUCUCGCCAGCGCCAAUCUCAGCGAGGUUUCUUCCAAAGACAUUCGCAAGCAAAUGGAGGAGGAGAUGGGCGUGAGCUUGAGGUCCAAGAAGGCGUUUCUUCGCGAGCAGAUUGAGAGUUUCGUGGCCGAGGCGGAGGAUUCCGGCGAAGGCGAAGCGGAGGAGGCUGCCGAUGCCGAAGCCAGUGGCGAUGGAGAUGGAGAUUCCAGGCUCCGGGACAAGCUCAACUCCGCAAUUCGAGAGAGUGCUCCAUCCAAAAAAACAAAGAAGAAGGGACUGACUGGACUUCAAAAGCCUUGCCAAUUGUCCGAUGUGCUGGAAGCUAUCGUCGGCAUUCCACAAGCUCCAAGGUCUCAGGUUGUGAAAUCUCUCUGGGCUUACAUCCGCGAGCACAAUCUCCAGGUGCCCGAGGACAAGAGGAAGAUCAAAUGCGACGAAGCGCUCAAAAAGGUUUUUAAUUCCGACUACAUUGACAUGUUCUCCAUGAACCAGAAGUUGACCAAGCAUGUCAUCCCUCUCGACGAGCUGGCGUACGAAGCUGGAGCCGCGAAGAGGAAGAUCAAAGACGAAGAAGAAGAUGAAGAUGGUAAAGAAGGAUUAGCCGAGAGGGCUGUAGAUCGGGAAACCAGAGCUGCUAACAGACUUGCUCGGAAGCGAAAGGCAGAAGAGCGAGCCGAGAAAAAGGAAGAGGCCAGAAAAGCCAGGAAAGCUGCUGGCAAGAGCCCCAAAGUGUCUGGAUUCACAGUUCCCAUGAAGAUCUCUCCAAAGCUUAGAGAAUUCUUGGGAACGGAGGAGAGCCAACUCUCGAGGCCGGAAGUGACGAAGCAGCUGUGGGAUUACAUCAAAAGCAAUCAGCUCCAAGUAAGUUUGAAAAAUUCGGAUCUCUUCUCGAUGAGAAGGAACCAUUCUUUUGAUCAGGAUCCUUCGGACAGGAGGAAGAUCUUGUGCGAUGAAAAGCUCGAGAAGCUGCUGGAUUGCAAGUCGUUCAAUGGUUUCGGUGGUCUUCCCAAGUUGCUGCAAGCUCAUCUGACAAGCACUCGUAAGUAACAAAGGAAAGAGGAGGCGAUUUUGACAGCUGCUACAAACUCUUCGGUAAAUUAUUCUCUGUACAUACAGAUUUCUCAGUGGUGAUCCGAGAAAGCGUCAGGAAACUGGCUCUGGAUCCGAUUUUUUAUUAUCCUAACAGCAAAGUUUUCUUUGAAAAGAGUAAAAAGUUUGUGCUUACCUGA